AUCUACCGUCUUGCCGUAGCCAAUGCGAGUGAUAACGAGUGAUAUAUAUAGUAUCGGCCCCACACAACCAGUUUAUCCGCUCCCGCGGUGGGGAACACUAGUACCGGUAAUGGCGGAGGAACUUCUUCCCCAAAAAGCAAUUUAUGGAGAGUAACUGCCUUCCCCAGAGCGAAGCCGGAAGAGAUCUCUACUUGUAGGCUUGGUUCCUGUUAUUACGAGGUCCGGUAUACCAUCUCCAACCCAGGCCCAACUGGUGCCUAUAUAUGACGCCAGUAUUCUGUGUGGAUUCCCGGCAAGAUCGAAAGAUUGCUCGUGAGCUACUCCCCCAAAUAAUUUAAUAAGGGACGUUUUUGGAAAAGCGUCGCUGGUUGAUACUUCCCGAAAGUACUCCUACCCGAGGAACAAGAACGUUGCGAAUCCAGAAUCAUGUCGAGUUCGGAGAUAAGGCCUCUUCGAAUUCUUAUCAGCGGCGCCGGUAUCGGUGGGCUGACGGCCGCCAUUGCGCUCCGUCAAGCAGGCCAUAGUGUUGCAGUAAUGCCCCUAACCACCGGUAGUAGCAGCCUCCUCUGUAAUGAAUGUACACUCACGCAAAUAUAGCUUUUUGAAAAAUCCCGAUUUCUGAAUGAACUCGGGGCGGCGAUGCACUUAGCGCCCAACGCGAGCGGUCUUGUCCGGAGGCUCGGCCUCAUUCCCGAGAUGAAAGGUGGCAUAAAGGUGGAGUGGAUUUCAGAGUAUAGGACGGAUGGGUCAUUAGUGUUUGAGACCGAUGCUUCUCAGACAGAAGAUAGAUACGUUCAUGUUCUCUCUCCUACCGCCCAGUAUCGCUAAGGAUUAUACUAAGAAAUGUGAUAGCCAUGGCAGUUAAUGCACCGAGUCGAUAUUCAUUCGGCGCUAAAGGAGAUAGCGAUAACAAAGGAAGGGAGAGGUGCCCCGGUGACCAUUGCUACCAGCAGCCAGGUUAUGGAUGUUGAUUUCGAAAAGAAUACACUUAUCUUGCAGAACGGCGAGAGGCAUAGCGGGGACGUCAUAAUUGGCGCUGACGGCGUCCAUGUAAGCUUCCUUGUCUGCGGAAAUCGCUGAGGAAGACUGACCCCAUCCCAAAGUCCGUGCUUCGCUCAGCAGUCGUCGGGGAAAAAAGUUCUGCAGUUCCUAGUGGGCAAUCCGCCUUUCGUUUCCUACUCCCUGUCAGCGAGAUCCUCGCGGAUCCAGUAACGGCACAGUUCGUAGCAAAGACAGGAAAGUUGCAAGUGUGGAUGGCGGACGACAAGAGGAUAGUUAUAUACCCCUGCCGAUAUAAUCUCCUCCUCAACUUCGUGUGCUGCCAUCUCGAUACCAAAAACUACUCCCAGGAGGAAGGUUUUUUCCCCCAACCUAGAGUUUCUCUCGAUCUUUCCCCAAGUCUCUCACACUGACCGCAGGGAAGAUUGGGGUCAGGACGCGAACAAAGCGGAAAUGUUGGACAUGUUCAGAGACUUCUGUCCCCCCAUGAUCGCAUUGCUUUCGAAGGCGCCCGCAAAUGAGAUUAAGCGCUGGCAGCUUCUAGAUCUGCCGGCGCUGCCUACAUGGGUGAAGGGAAAUGUAGCUCUCAUGGGCGAUGCCGCUCAUCCUUUCUUACCAUGUAAGCCCUAGCCCUACCCCAAAUAGUAGAAAUAUUUUAACGAUAGCACGGUAGAUCAUGGACAAGGAGGCGCACAGGCAAUCGAGGAUGGUGUGGCCCUGGCUGCUGUCCUUCCGCUGGGAACGAAGAAGGAGGAUGUCGCAGAUAGACUUAAAUUGUAUCAGGAAUGUAGGUACGAACGCGCAACAAGGGUGCAAGACGUUACGCGAAUGCUGGGUAUCUCCCCCGCGGGAAACAGGGAAAAGCCCACCCGUAAGCUUUGUACUCCUACUCGGGUUUCGGGUUCUACCGCUGACUCGAACGUUAGCCGGACAAUUCGCGGAAUACAUCUACAGCCAUGAUGCAUAUGUCAGCGCAUGCGAGAAGCUUGAUCAAUUCUUGAAGGGAGAGAAAGAGCGUAAUGAGGAUAAGAGCUCCCUUACAUGAUGGGUACGUAUCUCUCAAGUGCCAACAAGUUCCCAAAAUGUGGUUUAACUAGAUCCCAAAAAGACCUUGGUUCGCAGGCCAGGUAAGGCGACGAAUAGCAUUUAGUACCACCGUGCGGUGCCUAGGAAUGUGGUUAUUGUUUCUGGCCGCGACUGGAUUUGCGUUGAGAUUUAUGUCCCCUUUAGGUGAAUACCAUAUCCAUUAAAUAAGUUACUCAUUAUGGGUAUCAUAGCUAUGAUGCUUGAAUAGAAAUUCCCAUGAUACAAGCAUGAUAUCUGCAUGGUUGCAGAUCCCGGAAGUCUGGUAUCAGGUGUUAUCCCCUGUCAUCUCGUUACUCGGAAUUGAACGGUGUUUGCGAACACCAACAUUAUUGCACGGCAGUAAGAUCCAAGCAAAAAAAAAGUCAGAUUUUGGCGGCAUGCAAGAGUAGCCAUGUCCGCAAACGGGACAUCGCUCAACUAGGAGUACCGUAUAGGGCUCUCUUUCUAAAUCUGGACACCCAGGUGAAAUCCCGGGUCAGGGGGGAAGGAGGAAGAGCAAAAAACUGAAGGGGAUACCAAAGGCUGACCGGCAAUCCAAAGGCUGACUUGGACCACACGGGCAUGGAUUGGCUUUAUGGAUGGCUUCAACAACACCAAAUGGGCCCGAUGGCAGUUCGGCACUGGAGAAACCAGCAGCUGGACGAUAUGCCAUGUCGCCGGAACUGCCUCCUCUAGUGACACAAGAUCCAUUGCCCUCCCGUGUUUUAUGUUCCUCAAAUGGCUGAGCAGCUCACCGUCCGAUAUGUUUUCUGUGCAUUAUCCAGAGUUGAGGAUUUUAGAUAACAGCACACCGUCCGAUUACACAGCAGUGGGGCUCUGACGAUUAGAUCAUUCGUCCGAGGUCCCAAAGCUGUCCGGGGCAAACCAACAUGAGUCGGUAAGGUCCC